CUAUAUAUAUCCAUAUUUGUUGUGUUUUUGAGUGGAAUUUGUACACUGCGUGAGGACAGUAAUAAAAAAUUCAUUGAUCAAAACCAAACAGAAUUGUUGCGGUUUCGAAUCGGCUGGAAUACGUCCCCGGAAGUGCAACAAGAUCAGGGCACGGGGAGGAAAGGAUCAGGUCAAGUUCAACGAAAGAAAUCCGGUAGUUCCCACAGAAUGAAGAGCAAUUUGGACCAAGGGGGAUAUGCUCCUCCGGGCUAUGCGCCAGGAUACCCACCUCCGAAUGCACCACCCGCCGAGGGAUUUGGCGGAUACCCCCCACCCCCGCAAAAUGCCCCAUACGUCCCGCAUCCCGGAAGUCAACAGCCGCCGCCCUUGAAUUACGGGUUUGUACCAGGCCAGCAGCCAGCCGGAUACGCUCCAGUUCCCCAGAUGCCAGCAUACGGAGAGGCAGUUCCUUUUGGAGCGGGUCAACCGCCCUAUGUGGGCGGAGGGCCUCCACCCCAGGCAUUCGGGGGCUAUCCACCCGGCCCGGCAGGACCACCGCAACCAUAUGGAGGAUAUCCGCCAGGACAGCCACAACAGCCCAUCGUCUCCCAGCCGGGAAUGGGACCAGGAAUGGGUCCGGGAAUGGGACCAGGAAUGGGACCCGGAAUGGGUCCGGGAAUGGCUCCGGGAAUGGCUCCAGGAAUGGGCCCUGGUGGUCCAGCCGGCGACUGGAUGAGUAUACCUUCCGGAAUUCCGAAUUGUCCGCGCGGAUUGGAAUACCUUACGACUAUCGACCAGCUUUUGGUUAAGCAAAAGGUCGAACUGCUCGAGGCCUUCACCGGCUUCGAGACCAACAACAAGUUCUCGAUCAAGAACGCCCUCGGCCAGAAGGUCUACUACGCGGUGGAAGACAACGACUGCUGUACCAGGAACUGUUGCGGACCGGCCCGUCCAUUUGACAUGAAAGUGUUUGACAACUUCCAGAAUGAGGUGAUCCACAUGCACCGGCCUCUGGCCUGCUCUUCCUGUCUGUUUCCAUGUUGCCUGCAAAGCAUCGAAGUCUCGGCGCCCCCGGGCAAUGUCAUCGGUACCAUUGAACAAGAGUGGUCCAUUUGCUCGCCCUCGUUCCGGAUUCUCAAUCAUAUUGGCGAUACUGUCUUGCGCAUCGAAGGUCCAUUCUGUACCUUUUCUCUAUGCGGCGAUGUGGAGUUUAAUGUGGUGUCUCUAACUGGCGAGAAGGUGGGCAAGAUCUCAAAACAGUGGUCUGGUCUGGCCCGAGAGAUCUUCACAGAUGCGGACUUCUUUGGAAUCAGUUUCCCAUUGGAUCUGGAUGUGCGCAUGAAGGCGGUUCUCUUGGGAGCCACAUUCCUGAUUGACGCCAUGUUCUUUGAGAAAUCCGGAAACCAAGAAACUGAUAGACCCGGAAUGUUAUAAGCUAGCCUCGACUAGAGUUGCGAUGUGGAAACUUUCCAUCAGAGUUCAAAAUGAAAUACUUUCAAUCUUUGUACAUCCGCCGGUAAAAAAUCUGUAAUUACAUCUUUUCCCUGUGAACUAUCGCGUACUAGUCCCCAAAACCAAAUGCUUGUUGAUCGUUAUGAAGUUGAAAGCCAACUAUAAAACGAAACUACUUAAACUCAGGCGUCCUUCGAUGGGCCAUCGCCAGUACAAUUAUAGCUUAGACAUUUAAGUUUAUGAAGCAUUUUUUGCUAUUUCUCCAACACAAACUUUUCAACGACAAAUCUGCUUCCUUUAUGAAUUUACAUCUAUGCAGAAAAUAUUAACAAAAUGAAACUGGUACUUCU